CCACGUCCUUAAAUAAGCUGCUAAUCGGAAAUAAACACUGAUGUUUACGUUGUAGACCCUGUAAAUCAUAAUCUAUGAUACAGUCAAAUCGACUGUUCAUUUUCAGAUAACAAUGGAAACACGAUACAACACCAGAAGCCCCGCUGUCAAAAGAUUGAUGAGAGAGGCACAAGAACUCAGUCAAGCUACAGACCAGUAUUUUGCACAGCCUCUUGAAGAUAAUUUAUUUGAAUGGCACUUCACAGUCCGAGGCCCUUCAGAUUCAGAUUUUCAAAAUGGCAUCUAUCAUGGUCGCAUAAUUUUACCGGUGGACUAUCCUAUGAAGCCCCCAAGCAUAAUAUGGCUUACGCCUAAUGGACGUUUUGAAACCAACAAAAAAAUUUGCUUGAGUAUCUCUGGUCACCACCCUGAAUCUUGGCAACCUUCCUGGUCAAUUCGCACUGCUUUGCUUGCCAUCAUUGGUUUUAUGCCCACACAUCCAAAUGGGGCUAUUGGUUCACUUGAUUAUACACCCGAAGAAAGAAAAAUAUUGGCCAAGAAGAGCAAAGAUUGGAAAUGUCCAGUUUGUGGUGAUAUUAGCGAUGUUUUAUUAGAACCAAACAGUGAAUCUAUUGUUACAGAAAAAGAAGCCAAAGAACUUGCUAACCAUAUAGACUUUCAGGUUGAGAAACCUAAAAGUAAUGAUGGAGAGCCUAUGGGAGGAAACGCUGCACCUUGUACCACAGUUUGCACUACGUCACAAACAGAUGAUCAUUAUCUUGCCAGCUCUCGCAUUCCUUUUUCAGUGUAUGACACUGCAGCAACGGCCUUUACUGUUGGUGGUCAAUCUCCAGUAGUAAUGAGUGCUUAUAGGAAUUUAGGACCUAGAGUUAUGCCCAACACCCCAACCAAUUAUCCUGCAGCUGCAUACCCUGCUCCUUACUCCCAAUUCCAUUCUGGUCCACCGGCAGGUGAGGCCUCAAUGCCAAAUUUUCCUUAUCCACCCAGCCGGUACAUGCAGUGUGGGUACUCAUCUUUCUUCAGAUCUGGCUGCUCACUUCCACCAGGUGUUGGUAUGUUUCCUUGUCCUCCAUAUCCCCGAGUUGCAAGUCCUUGCAGUUCACGCUAUAUCUCAAGGCCGUACUGCUGCUCAAUACCAGUACCUGUACCAGUACCUGUACCCACUCAAAAUGUCAAGGCCACAGACACUGGUGAGGACAACAUAUUUCGAGAAGGUGUUAAGUCAAAGGAUUCAGAAGAUGAUAUGUCUCCAAAAACUGAAGGAACAUCACAGAAACCAUCUCAAAGAGCAUCUUAUGAUGUUGAUAAGGCAAUAUCUCCUUCCAAAUCUGAUAAGGGGAAAUCACUCAAGACAGAAAAAAUGUCUCAAGGUGAAGAACAAGUUUCUCCCUAUCCUGAUCAAAAUGUGAAUACCAGCUCAAUAUCUGCUGACUCCAGUAAAUCAAAGGAAUGUGUCAACUCUGUGAAUAAUAGUGAUUCCUUUCAGAAAGAUCCUAGAGGAGUGGAUGUUGGAGGCUUCAACAAAGACUUUUCUUCUGACUCGGAGAAAGAGACCUGCUUGCUGAUCAAGAAAGCGUCUCCCAUUGAGGUGAAUGGAUUAGAGCUGACCAACUCAGAAUUGCAUGUCGUUGAUGAAGACAGCAGUGACACUGGCAUACCACAAAUAGAAGUGUCUGAUACUGAGCAAAGGUCUCACUUCGAGAAAAGCAUCAGCAAUUCUUUGCCAGAUUUAGAGAAAGUGCGACAGAGCAACGUCAAAGGUCUUAGACACAGACAGUCAGCACCAGGUCAGGCAAUGUCAGAUGUUAGCGAGGUCAGCCAGAGUUCAGCCUCAUCAGAUGUGACUGGGACAAGGAGGAUAGAAGCUGCAUCAGGGGACAAUCCUCAUAGGACUAGUCCACAGGGCAUCCGUAUUGUGCAGCUUGGAAGGGGGGGACAGCAGCAAGACCGGGAACAGCAGAGUAGUUUCUCAAUUGAUGGCAUGUUCCUGCUCAUGGUGGCCCUCAGUUUGGUAUUUGCUCUGAUCUUGUUGAAUCGCAUCUUGCAUAUGGUUGAUUGGUCUGAGAUGGGCUCCAAGCUUUAGUUUCGUAAAGAAAAAAAACAACUGCUAAUUAGUAGUUGACAAUCACAGUCCUGUUUCACACCACUAGUGGAAGAUAACAACAAAACUCAGUAUGAAAUCUGAAUUAACUGUGAUCACUUUUAACUUUGUCUUUACAAAUAGGCAAUACUUCAGAAUUCUCUCUUCUGUUUGACUAUUUAUACAAUGCACUAACACUUUUAUUCUAUCCUCAAAUGAUUGAAGUCCCAGCUAGAGAAACCCUCAAAGUCAUAGAUCCCAGCUAGAGAAUCCCUCAAAGUCAUAGAUGCCAGCUAGAGAAUCCCUCAUUUAGUUCAUUUGACUUGAAAUCCUCCAUCCCUUUGUAUUUCUUUUUUUUUUUUUUAUUUUGCACACUGAAAAAAAAAAGCAAAAACUCGAAGACUUUCUGAACUCACUCCUUGCUGUCUAGUCCUUAUGUAUAAAAUUAACACAUUUGUAAUUGAUUAUGGGGCCCAUAGAUCUUUCUAUGUGUCUAGCAGAUGUGAGCAUCAAACUUAUCUAACCACUAAUUUUUUUGUUUCAAACAUAUGCUUUUUUCAUUAACAUGCAAUAUUAAACAGUGUAAUAUAAUUGUAUUUACAAUAAAAUCAAUGUGUACAGUGUAUUGGAUCCUGUACAAUGGAACUCAGUAGUUAGCCAUUGUAAAGUUAUAUAUUAUUAAACUCACACCUUUGUACAGAUUUAUGUAUUUAACUUACACUUGACUCCUCUAACCUGUCUCGAUUGUUAAAACAAAACACAAAAACAGGCAGUUUUAUUGAAGUUUCAAUUAUUUAUUUUAAACUGUUUUGGAAGUUGUUAAUCAUGCUGUGAUCAUUGGAUAUUUUAGACAAUAAAAUUUUCAAACUGUUUUA